AUGGGGGCUGUACAGCGGGACGGUUUGAACUUCGCAUUUAUCGCGCUUCAGCAAGAGCACGAAAAGGCGCUGCAACAAUUGUCCAGUGAAAUUGGAAAGGCCCGCUCCUCUGUCAAUCUAAUGAGGGUGCAGUCACGUACCAGUCUAGGUGUGAACAGCUUUGCCGUCCUCUGCAACGUUGGGUUGCUUUCGUACCUCAAGGAAACAUGGAAUGGCACUGUCGCUCGUCUUGAGGGCGUGCAGGUCAGGCCUAAGUUCCUGCACUUCUGA